AUGAGCAUCAUAACAUUUUCUGUAUCAAAGCACUCAAACCUUCUCCGCCUCCUCACAUACAAUACAUUCCUCCGCCGCCUCUCCACUGAACCGUUGCCGCCACCUCCAGAAUCACAACCACCGCAACAACAACAAACAGAACAAAAAACAUGUAACUAUGGCUCAAUCAUAACAGAAGUCCUACAACUCCUUCAGACCCCAGAAAAUGAAUGGAACACAACUCAACUCAAUCAACUUCUUUUCCCCGACUAUCCUCCUUCCUCUUCUCCUCGCCUUUUCUAUCAAAUCACCCGCUGCUUAUCUUCCUCUUCUCAAGCGCUCGAAUUCCUCAAUUACCUCCUAAGUAACUCCCCUUCUUCACCAGACACCCAAUCUUUACUCUCCUACACUUUCCAGGCCAUUUUCGAGCUCGCUGCUCGCGAACCCGAUUCAAAUGUUAAUCUCUCCCAGCUUUAUAAAACCUCGAAAAAGUUGGAUAUUCCUCUCACUGUCAAUGCUGCGUCGUUUCUCCUUCGCGCCUUUGGAAGGAGUGAAUCGAUGGAGGAAUCUCUCAAUUUCUUCAAUGAACUUGAACCAGCUAUUAAAAACACCCAUAUUCAUAAUGUUUGGCUGAGUGUUUUGUUGAGGUGUGGGCGGGUUGAAGAUGCAUUGAAGAUGCUCGAUGAAAUGUUUGAGUCAAAUGAGGAGUCUAAUUGUCAUCCCAACAAUGCUACGGGGGAUAUACUAUUUUCAUUUUUGUUGAAGAGAGAAAGAAAUGGAGGGUUUUUAAGUGAAGAGGAGAUUGCUAAUUUGGCGUUGAAGUUUGGCGAGCAUGGGGUUCUUAUUAGUUCGUUUUGGAUGAGUCAAUUGAUUACCAGGCUGUGUCGGAAUCGGAAGACUAAUAGAGCUUGGGAUCUUUUUACUGAAUUGAUAAAAUUAGGGCUUGUCUUGGAAUCUGCUACUUGCAAUUCAUUAUUGACAGGAUUAGCAAGAGAGGGCAAUUUUAAUAGAAUGAACGAACUAAUGGCAAAGAUGAUGGAAAUGGAUAUUCAGCCCAGUGUUGUUACUUUUGGGAUUCUUAUUAAUCAUAUGUGCAAGUUUAGGAGAGUCGAUGAUGCGUUGGAGGUUCUUGAAAAGAUGAGUGAAGGUAAGGAGAGGGGUGGCAUAAGUGUUUCAGUUGAACCGGAUGUUGUCAUCUAUAAUACGUUGAUUGAUGGACUUUGUAAAGUUGGAAGGCAAGAAGAAGGAUUGCGUUUGAUGGAACGAAUGAGAUCACAAAAGGGGUGCGCUCCUGAUACCAUUACAUACAAUUGCUUGAUUGAUGGGUUUUGUAGAGCUGGUGAGAUAGAGAAGGGAAAGGAGUUGUUUGGUGAGAUGAAUAAAGAGGGGGUUUCACCAAACGUUGUCACGGUUAAUACUUUGGUUGGUGGCAUGUGUAGAACUGGGAGAGUCAGUGGUGCAGUUGAAUUCUUUGUUGAGGCGCAAAGGAGAGGUUUGAAAGGAGAUGUGGUUACUUAUACUGCUUUGAUCAAUGCUUUCUGUAAUGUAAACAAUCUCGAGAAGGCAAUGGAACUCUUCAAUGAAAUGUUGAAAAGAGGAUGCCCUCCAGAUGCAAUUGUCUACUACACCUUGAUCUCUGGUUUUAGCCAAGCUGGAAGGAUGGAUGAUGCCAGUUUUCUCCUGUCAAAGUUGAAAGAGGCUGGGUUCCUCCCUGACACGGUGUGCUAUAAUGUUUUGAUUGGUGGGUUUUGCAGGACGAAGAAGUUUCAUAGAGUUUUUGAGAUGAUCAAGGAAAUGGAGGAAGCUGGAUUGAGACCUGAUACUAUCACAUAUAACACUUUGAUUGCUCAUGUCAGCAAAACUGGGCAUUUAAAGUUUGCCCACAGAUUGAUGAAAAAGAUGAUCAAGGACGGUGUGGUGCCAACUGUUGCUACAUAUGGCGCUCUAAUAAAUGCAUUUUGCUUAAAUCGAAAUGUGAAUGAAGCCAUGGAUAUUUUCAAAGACAUGAAAGCUGCAUCGAAGGUUCCACCAAACACUGUGAUAUACAAUAUCCUAAUAGACUCUUUGUGCAAAAACAAUAAAGUGAAAUCUGCUGUUUCGUUAAUGGAAGAUAUGAAAAUUAGGAGGGUGAAGCCAAAUACCACCACAUACAAUGCUAUAUUCAAAGGCCUUAGAGAGGAGAAAGAUUUGGAAAAAGCCUUUGAAUUUAUGAAUAGCAUGAUCGAGCAUGCUUGUAAUCCUGAUUAUAUAACCAUGGAGAUCCUCACAGAGUGGCUCUCUGCGGUUGGUGAAAUAGAGAGGUUGAAAAAAUUUGUUGCCGGAUUUGAAGUUUCUGGUUCAACUGCACAAAAUGCUUCUGUGAGGACGUGA